AUGGUGGAUCAAAUGGAAAAUCGGGUUUAUGUGCAAAUGGAGAAGGACGCACAAACAUCAUUAGAUCGGCAGUUUUUGUUCGUAUGCCAGCUGGCCGAUGCUAAGGAUGAAAAGGAGAAGGGUGAUCUAGCUGCUAUUCGUCGUCAUCCCAUCAAUCCUACCACAGAAUUGGGCUAUGGGCUUCCUCCGGAAACAGAGAGACAACUGCCAUUUUUGAUGCACAAUGGUUUAGAGCCAGUGAAGAGCAAUACCGUAUCCCGAGUGUCUGCUGUCUCAUUAGAUGGGCAUUUGGGAAAUUGGCCUAUCCCAGGAGCUCACCCAUACACACCAAAUGUUCAACCAGUGGCAAGUUGGCCUAAACUACCUCUUCCGGACCCAAUUAUCCCGGCAAAUCAUCCGGCCCGUAAUGGCGCGACCAUCGCCAUGUCAGAAGGUGGAGGAGGUCGGAUUCCCGACGAGUAUCCUACUGUUCCAAAACUUGUGCCUUCCACAACUCCUCGAAAUCCCUUCCUCCCAGCACCUCCGCCUCCCACUCCAGCCAGCCCAAUCAUCCCCGCUCGCGACGUGCCCCGCCCUGCUUCCGAAUUCUUCGACAAACAAGCUAUGGUCACUCAGCGGCCCAUUGAGCCAGUGAAGAACCUCUUUACCUUAAAAACACCCGUAGAAAUAGAACGCCAC